AUGAGUCUCCCGGCUCCUGUGAUUCAAGAAGCGAAGGAUUCGAAACCACUUGUACCGUGUUCGUCGUUAGACCCUGGAACAGUACACCUUGGAGAUUCCUGCUUGUCAGUGAGUACCGACCGAGUCUAUGUGAAAGUUAUGCUAAGGAGACUAGCCGCACUUAUCUCUGGAAACUUCAUUCCAACGCUUCGCUUGACGACAACAGGUUGUACUGGUGGAAAAGGGCGCGUCACGUGCUCAGCAGGGUCUACAGGUGUCGGAGGUAGAGCUUUUCUUUUCGCGCUCCCUUUUCCGCGGUUGGGAAAGCGUACAACUACAGGCUAUCCCCUUUGUGAGGAAUUGGACGCCUUUUCUUGUGGGAUCGGGUGUUCCUGCUGGAGCUCUUGCAGGGAGCAGCAAUGCAGCCCGUUGGCAUUUCCUCCGGGUAGGAUUCCAUUUCCCAAUACUACCGUUAUGCAUACUGCUCGAAAUGCAUCGAAACCUUCGAAUAUUGGGGCGCGCAUCCAUCUCAGGAUCUGUUGUACAAGAGAAUGUAAGUAUGACACUCGAAGGGGGCAUACACUCACCCUGUUGCAAUUUUUGCUGACAGGCGAAUCUGUACGUCGGCAUGCUAACCCCAAUCCAUAA